AUGACUUAAUAGAGACUUUAGAUUCAUAAAGCAUCAGCAGUAAAUUCUUGUAAUCAAUUAUUGUAGAGAACAACAUUUUAACUCAUUUAAACAAUUCUAAACAAUAUAUCUGAAGGAUAUGUUGAAAAAAGAAUAAUUACUAAAGAAGGAUUAAUAAUAAGGCUGAUGAAAAAGGAUAAAAUAGUGAUAUAGCUGAGAAAUGCAAAUAAUCGUAUAAAGGGGACAGAAGUCGAUUUUAUAAUCCUAUUAAAGGGCUAUUAUUUGAAUUAACAAAGAAGAGACAGGGAUAUUUAGCUAUUCUACGAAGGAUACAUUCACAAAUUUUUUCAAAGUUCUAGGCAAAUAUUCUAAACUACACAAAUAAGAGCCCACUCCGAUUCCUAUCAUCUAAAAACUAAGUUAAGGAAAUAUGAAAGAAAUUCAAGGUUAUUGGAUAAGUGCAAAGCCAUCUCUUAAGAUGGGCUAACACAUUAAUUCAUCUGCGACAAGAAUUAUCGAGCCGGAUACCUUCCAAAUAAAAAAAGGAGAUUAGGACAUUUUAUGCUAUCUCUAAAUAAAUGCAUCUAAAUAUGCCUAAAAAUGACUAAUUUAGGCCCUUAAUAAUAUUAAGCUCUAUAUACACAUUUUUCGAUUUAAGAUCAAUUCUAUAUUAUAAGAUUAACUCAAUAAUGGUAUAAAUUAGCCUAAAAAGUAUUCAAAAAUUGACUUAAAACUUAAAUAAACAUAUUUAUGAUAAUUAACUGGAUCAAAAAUAUCAAGGGCUUAGAUAACAUGAUACUAAUCUGCAACUAUGGAAAGUAAUAAUAUUUAAAACAGAAAUAGCAUUUGUAUUUUUAUAAAAAUUCAAUAAUUAAUUUGAUUCAGAUUAUUGAAUUAAAUACAAUAUCAUGAAAAAUAGGAAAUGUAGAAAAAAAUUUUAUAAUCAUUUAAAAAUUUGAUUUAGAAUAUUAAAUUCUCAUCCAAUUAUUCAUCAAAAUAAGUAAUAUUA